AUGUCCCGAAGGACGCUGGGUGGAGGCCGUGUCCUGGGCACUGCGAAUGCUCUCUCAUCCACUUCAACCCCGUCUCCGCAACCUAAGCCUAGGGUCCUUUCACCCUCCGCCAGCAGCCUCUCCCUCAGUUCUCAGGCCUCCGCCUCUCAGCUCUCAUCCGAAACUCAAGACCUGACCUCACGGAUAUCCUUGGAUAAUGCCGGUUCCUCGAUUCGGGCUCCCCCGGCUGCUGCCGGCUCUCAGCUGGCCUGUCCAAUCUGUAGUGAGGAGAUGGUUACACUACUACAAUUGAAUAGACAUCUCGACGACGUACACCAAAAUCUGGAAGACGAUCGACAAGAUGAAGUCAAGGAUUGGUUUAAAGUUCAAAUGGAGAAGGCAAAACGGUUCCAGCCUCUGGCUGUUUUGAACCAGAAGCUGAAGGGGCUUGAUGUAUUCGAGUCGAACGAGAACAUGCAGACUUUCGCGGGUGCAAGUCGGCCACCAGGACCCUCGCAGGUAUAUACUCCUGAAGCAUCGAGACCCCUCGAGGCGGAUGACAUCAUAAAGAAGGAUCACUGGCAGGUUCGUGGUCUGUGCGAUAGUUGUUUGGAGCCGUCGUGUGGGAAGCGACUGAAUGCUACCAACGGAUGCGUGAAUUGUCGAAAAUGUGGGAAAUUGUUCUGCGAGGAACACACCAUGUACCAAAUGAAGCUCUCGAGAUCUGCGCAACACGAACCUGUUCGGGGCUUAUGGUAUAGAGUUUGUGAGACUUGCUAUAAGUCACGGGAGGGAUAUAAUGAUCAUAAUGGCCUGAUAAGGAAUCGAACGGAUGAGUUUAAGGCGGUGAGAAAACAGUCGGUCGACAAAGCUUUCUUGGAAGUUUCUCGACUAGAGAAGCGGUUGACGCGGCUCACUCAGCUACUUGCCAGCUUGCCUCCGGAACAGAUCCAGUCGGCGGCAAAUAAACGCUGGCAGAUUUCGUGGCCAAAUGACCAACGGAAGGCACUCGAGCAGACCAUUGUCAGCUGGCAGGAUGACUCGAGCGUCUCCCGGUGUCCUUUCUGUCAGCAGGAUUUCACCAGCUACUCCUUUCGGAGACAUCAUUGCAGGACUUGCGGGCGAGUUGUCUGCGGUGACCCAGCGACGGGAUGUUCCAUGGAAAUCCCUUUGAAUAUAUCGCCAUUGUCGAAGACCCCUGGAGAGAAAACAAGCAGCACAAAUGCGAUCAACAUUGACAUUCGUCUUUGCAAAGAAUGCAAAUCCACUAUAUUUGACCGUCAAGACUUUGAAGCCGAUAUCAUGCGAAAACCUCCUGACCUGAGGGCAUAUGAGUAUCUGACCCAAUUUGAGAGGGGUAUUCGGUUACUUAUGCCCAAGUUUCAAAAGCUGUUAACAGCUUUACAGGACCCGAGACGACCACCAACGUCCGCCCAAAUCGCAGAAGCUUCCAAAGUCCGCAAGCGACUCACUGAUUCAUUUUCUCAAUACGAUACAGCGGCUAGGCGUAUCCGUGAUUUGCCCACGGAAUCUACGACACAGAAACUACUUCAGAAAGCUAUCUAUCAACAAGCUACCAACUUCCUUCAUCUUCAUAUGCUCCCGUUAAAGUCGUUGCCAAAAAUUCUCAAGCAUGCCACGGCCAAUGGACGGCCUCCAAGCGCUGUGGACUCAUCUGGCCGUCCUGGUUCUACGAAUGGUUCGAUCGGGGACCACCGGCGGCAGGGGUCCACUUUAUCAUCCAUCCGAUACGGAAGUGUUACUGCGAGUAUUAGCAAUAGCAGCCUAGCCAGCGACACAAGUAGUGCUAUUUCUGCACUGGAGGCGGAGGAAAAAUCGUUGCGCGAGAGGCUUAUUGUACUAGAGGAGCAAAAAUUCUUUGUCUCUGAGAUGAUCGCAGAUGCAAACCGGCGUCGCAAGUUCGACGAAGUUAGCAGCCUAGCGAUAAAUGUCGAGGAUCUCACACGGGAGAUUGACCGAGUCAACGGAAUGUUAGAAAGGCUGGAUUUCGAGAGUGUCUAUACGGGCAGUCAGCCAGCUUGA